GGGGACAUCGCCGCCUUCGAGGCCAACCUGGAGCGCGCAGACACGGCCUACACAUCCGAGUACAUCGGGCUUCACACCGACAACACCUAUUGGACUCAGCCGGCCGGCCUCCAGAUACUCCACUGCCAGCACCGCGAUGGGACCGGCGGAGAGAACAUCCUGGUAGACGGACUGGCUCUGGCGAAUGACAUGAGCGAGGAGCAUCCGGAAGCUUAUCAUAUCCUCUCCACCGUCCCGCUUCCAGCUGAGUAUCGGGAGGACGAGGGUGGGAGGAAGAAAAAUCACUUUGCCAAUCUGGACUUCACCUUCAAGCACGAUCCGGUCACGGGGCACCUCAUGCAGAUCCGGUUCAAUGUUCGACUAGGAACAUGAAAAAUGAAUUUUCGUUCAUCAUGAAGUCUCGUCACCAGGUCGACAAUUCAUAUGAAAUCCAGGAGACAUUUUGUCGAAGCGUGUCCACCCACUGCCUAAUCUCAGAAAGUGGGAGAAGCAACCAUGUCUUUCCAAAUGCCUGCCUCGCAAUCGUUCGAUCGGAGAUGGCAGGGGACGAAGAAAGGAGCCGAUGAAAAAGACUGCGCGAAAAAGGGAUAGAUAGCUCGCCUAUGCAGUUUCGAACCACGUGUAACCUGCAGGAUAUGCUGCAUCCGGCCGAAAU